AUGACAACCGAAGCACCUUCCUCGGAUCUUGUGAGAUCUCAAAACUGGAGCGGCUCUAUUCCUGUUGUCUUGACACUGGCGCCCAAUUCUCUGGGAACCACCAUGAUGCCACAUCCCAUUCAUUUGUUGGUGCCGAGAGGAACUUUCCUCCAUGUUGGCUUGCGAAGUGCCAUUCAACGGCUCCACAAGUUUGCUCCUGCCACAAUCUCGCUCUUGUCAUCGGGUGGUAUGCUCAAACGAAAUGAACCAGAACCUCAGGGUGACGACGACGAAGACGACAAUGAAAAGACGAAUGGGGUCACCAAUGCUGGUGCCAAGAAUUCCAAAUCGCAGCAACUUCAAUCCAAAGACUCGUUUCCCGUUUGCUGGUUGGAGGACGAAGAAACCCAGUUGCCCCUAAGAUGGCAUUUGUUCGCAGGAGUGCUCUUUGAUAUGAUGGAAACCUCGAAACGACAAUCUAUUCCAUGGAAAAUCAGACUCCAUUUCUUCAAUUACCCCUCCAGUCAGCUACUGCCAAUGGAAGCUGACGAAGUGUGGACUACUAUAGAAAGGUCCUUCAAGAACAGCUUGAAACAAGCUCUCUUUUUGCAAUAUGGAAGCUCUCGAAUUGCCAUGAACAUGACACGACAAACACAUCAAAGACUGUGGGACUCCAUCGAAUCUGCCAACUACAAACUGUACCAACAAAUUAAUGUAGAUCUCCAAGCGACCAACGAUGGCAACAAUACUUCAGUCCAGCUGUUACCUAUUCGUGUCUUUUUGGAUUCCAAACCACCAAUACAACGGCCGUGCCCUGCCGCAGCAACCGAGGGUGAAACAGCAACGCUGACAACCUUGGGGGACUUACUACUGGGGUGGCUGCCGGAGGUGUUUCAAAAGACAGCAGAUGGAGAUGUGGAACCAAACUCGCCAUCCUGUCGUUGGUUUGUGGCAGGAAUGCACCCCCCUUUGUCCACGCUCGUUCUGGAACUUUGGGAGAACCUUUGUCACCCAGACCACUUUCUGUAUAUUGUUGUCUUAACUAGAUAG